GCGGUUUGAUGGGACGGCCAAAUGGGCCACGCGAGCGGGCGGGCAGCCCGAGUUUCGGCCAUUCGGCCACGACAGUCAGCCAAUGUCCUCCGCUCGGCCGCCACGCGCUUCGCGUCCUUCGAGAUGGACCGCUUUCCACUCUUCUGCGUCUUUUUGACAGUUUCCGUUGUCGUAACCGCAGUGGUAACGGAGUCUGAAGAAGACAGUGAAGAGGCAGAGAGCCACUCUUCGUACGAAGUCGAGGACAUUUUAAGUGGGCGUGGAAAGCAUUGCCCCUUGUGCGACUCCUCCGUUUACAGCUACUGUAGUGACAAGCUCCUUCAUGAUGCGUGCUGUUGCUUGAGCCCAUAUGACACGGAACUUCCAUAUCAGUGCAAAUUUGCUGACUGUGGAUUUUUGCAUGCAAAUUCCUGCAAUGAACAUCACCUUAUCACCUCCUGUUGCUGCAAUCAAGCGGCCAGCACGUAGAACCACACUCUUUGAACAAAGAUGCGAUGACCAUAUACAAUCGAUCUGAAUUCAGUUUGCGUGAGCAUGAACAAAGAUAAUCUCAAAGAAGUUUGUAAUGACGGAAAACAACAUGACAAGUAAGUAUUGUGCAGGGCAUAAGGUAAAGGAGAGCUUCAUUGGUUAAAGGGUAAAUAGUGAGUUCCUCAGACUGAAAGUGCUAACCAAAAAUUUUUGAUAACCAAUCAUGAACUACGCACCUAGUUUUCUUUCCUUACCAAUCCUCAAAAUAGGUGUUGAAUUCGUGAAAUUUGAUGUAAGACCCUAAUGUUUCUGUAAGCGCGAGGAAAUGUCUAUAAGACAUUUUAAUGAAUUAAAUGAAUAGAGGGAAGUAAAUUUAAAUGUUUAAGACUACCUCUAAAAAGAUUAAGAGAGAGAUAAGUCCUCUGGGCUUGAUAUGUAUAUUUUAAUUUAAGGUUCACCAAAGACUUCUUAUCAUAAUGCAAUUUCCUUUUCCGUACCUAGGUAAAUUGUUCUCGGAAAAAUAAGAAUAGAAUUUCUUGCUUUAUUAAUGAUUUUAAAUAUCAUGAUAGAGAUGUAUUUACUUCAA